AUGGACAAGCAUUAUACUGCCCGUGACGUAAGCAGAGCCUGCAGCAGUGUGAGCGCCCUGGGGCAGCCACCACCGGCCAUGUGGCGCCUGCUGCUGCUGACUUUGGCCACGAGAGCGGCUGCGCUCACCGCCAGUGGGGGUGACCACGGCAACGACAGCGCUGGCGGCGGAGGGCCGACGUGGUGGUCGUGCAACGCGACGUCGCCCGGCGAGGAGGGGCGCGCCACGGAGGCGGCGGCCGUGUUCAGCUGCGGCGGCGGUUGGUGCGUGGCGGAGCGAGCUCUCUGCAACGGCGUCCCCGACUGCCCCGCGGGCGAGGACGAGAGCGUCCACCAGUGCGGUUGCCUCCCAAAUGAAUUCCGGUGCAGUAACUCUUGCAUCGACCUGGUACGACGCUGUGAUCGCGAACCCAACUGCCCUGAUCAGGAGGACGAAACCGGCUGUGAGUCCUUCGUGUGUCCUGUGACGCACUUCAAGUGUGCCAAUCACUACUGCGUCCCAGAGGACGCGGUGUGCAACUUUGAGGACGACUGUGGUGAUGGAUCCGACGAACAAAAUUGCUCGCACCGGACAUGUUGGAACUCGGAGUUCCGGUGCGACAACGGGGAGUGCAUCCGGCCCGGCUACGUCUGCGACGGCGUCGUCGACUGCAAGGACGCCAGCGACGAGGCGCACUGCACGCCAGAUUUCUUCCGGAUAUGCGGCGACGGGACUCGCGUUCACCGCUUCUUCUGGUGUGACGACUGGACGCACUGUGCUGAUAACCACGCGGACGAGCUGAACUGUACAGCCUGCGACGGCGCCGACAUGUUCCGCUGUCCGAACGGUCGCUGCAUCCGUCGCGCCAACCUGUGUGACUCGUACUGCGACUGCGCGCCGACCGAACGCGGCCAGGGGUGCGCCGACGAGGCGGGCUGCCAGCACAGCUACCUCCAGAGGCACGGUAUGAGCGUGUGCACGCCGGGGAAGAGCUUACUUUGCAUCCCGCACCCCGGCAGCAGGGAGGAUCGCUGCAUCGCCCCCGAGUACAUCUGCGACGGCCACAACGACUGCCACAACGGGAACUACGUCUCGGACGAGCUGGGCUGCCCGUCGUCGUCUGUGGCCCUGACGGGGAAGUGGCUGACGUGCUCCGAGGGCCGCAUGAUCCCGCAGGAGCUGCGCUGCGACUUCAAGUGGGAUUGCCUGCUGGGCGAGGACGAGCAGGACUGCGAACGGAUCCCGUGUUCUAAAAACGAAUUCACGUGCAGCAAUGGCCAAUGUAUCCCUAUAGAAAGCCAAUGUGAUUUGAGAUUUGACUGCUGGGACAAGAGUGACGAAUUUAACUGCAAGGAGGCGCCGUGCCCGCCGGGCCAGCUCAAGUGCGCGGGCAGCGGGCAGUGCGUGCCGCGGGCCUGGUGGUGCGACUUCUACCUCGACUGCCCGGACGGCUCGGACGAGCUCAGCUGCGUGGGCCGCGGGCGGGAAUGCGGCCGCGACGAGUUCCGCUGCCUGAGCGGCCAGUGCGUGCCCCGCACCGACGUCUGCUUCAAGUCCGGCCACGAGCGCAGCGGCUGCGCCGACGGCUCCCACCUGCUGCACUGCGAGAAUGUGACGUGCCCAGAGGACACAUUUAAAUGCAGAAACGGCCCGUGCCUCAACAUGUCACUGCGCUGCAACGCCUUCCUGGACUGCAAGGACACUUGGGUUGACGAAGACGGCUGCACGUUCCAGUGCUCCACGGAACCUCGAUGCGUGUGCCACGACACAAAAAUCAACUGCACCAGCCUUGGUCUGACGGAGCUCCCGGCGGUCAUUGAAUUUCAGAUAAAUCGCUUUUAUAUGGCAAAUAAUUUGUUGAAUGAGACACUUAAUGAAGAUUCAUUUUCGAAACUGGACCGACUUGUCUAUCUAGAUCUGAGGAACAAUAGUAUAUCUAGACUUCCCGCCACGAUAUUCCGCAACCUCUGGCGACUACACAUUCUCAACUUACAAGAUAACCAUAUCUCCGUUAUAAACAACGGUAGCUUCUUCGGGUUGCCAGAUUUGCGCACACUGCAUCUACAAGGUAACGGAAUAGAAGUCUUAGAACCAAUGGCUUUUUACGGACUCUCGUCGAUUACUACGUUGGAUCUGAAACACCAGAGGAUACGCAACAUAUCUCGCAACGCCUUCGUAGGACUCAGAAGUCUCGUCGCCCUUGACCUGUCUUUCAACCACAUAUUCUACCUUGCAGAUGGAGCUUUGAAUGGAAUGCCUAAACUGGAAACAUUAGACCUGAGUAACAAUUUCAUCAAGAACGUUGGAAACAACGUAUUUAGAAGCGUAACUGCAUUAAAAACACUGGUGACGGACGAGUUCCGGUUCUGCUGCGUGGCGCGGCACGCGGCGCGCUGCCUGCCGGCGCCCGACGAGUUCUCGUCGUGCGAGGACCUCAUGUCCAACCUGGUGCUGCGCGUCUGCGUGUGGGUGCUCGGCGUCGUCGCCACCGCCGGCAACGCGCUCGUCAUCGCCUGGCGCAUGCGCUUCAAGCACUCCAACCAGGUGCACUCGUUCCUGAUCACGAACCUGGCGAUCGGCGACCUGUUCAUGGGGUCGUACCUGCUGAUCAUCGCGGCGGCCGACGCACACUACCGGGGCGUGUACUCGGUGCACGACCGCGACUGGCGCUCCAGCGCCCUCUGCAGCCUCGCCGGCUUCAUCUCCACCUUCUCCAGCGAGUUUUCCGUCUACACGCUCACAGUGAUCACGCUGGACCGUUUUCUGGUGAUAAUAUUUCCGUUCCGGAUCCGGAGGCUGGAAAUGUCCAAGACCCGCAUGCUGAUGGCGGCGGGCUGGGCGGUUGCAGCGUUCCUGUCCGGCUUGCCGCUCUUCAGGAUAGACUACUUCAGAAAUUUCUACGGGAGAUCCGGUGUUUGCCUAGCCCUGCACAUAACUCCAGACAAGCCGAGCGGAUGGGAGUACUCCGUGUUUGUAUUCCUAUUCCUGAACCUGGCGUCGUUCUCGGUGAUCGCGCUGGGCUACGUGUGGAUGUACGCGGUGGCGCGCACCACGCAGCGCGCCGUCCAGCAGCAGCACAAGCGGCCGGACUCGGCCACCAUGGCGCGCCGCAUGACGCUCAUCGUGGCCACCGACGCCGCCUGCUGGAUGCCCAUCAUCCUGCUCGGCCUGCUCUCGCUCGCGGGCAUCACCGUCCCACCGCAGGUGUUCGCGUGGGUGGCGGUUUUCGUGCUGCCGCUGAACGCGGCGGUCAACCCGGUGCUGUACACCAUCUCGACGGCGCCCUUCCUGACGCCGGCCCGGCGCGGCCUGCGAGCCUUCAAGCGCUCCUGGAAGCUGUCGCUCACCGCAGACCAGAGGAGGACCUUCUCUUCUUCGCUGGACUGCAACGCUAUGAAAAACGCAGCAAGUCGAUGA